CCUCCCGCUGUGCGGCCGUUAAGCGACGUGGCUCUACCCCGAACUACAACUCCCAGCGGCCCCCGCGCUGCGGCGGCGCCGUGACGUCAUCCAAGCGGCGGCAGGAGCGCGUGGCCCGGGAUUAACGGAGCCGGCCGCCAUGACCAAGCUGGGGCAGUGGCUGUGCGGGCUCCUGCUGCUGGGCUCGGCCUGGGCCGCGCUGGCCGGGCUCCGGUUACCGGCGCCGCUGCGCCAGGCGCUGCUGCCGCUGCCCGUGUACCUGCUCGUGGCCUUCGGCUGCUUCUCGCUGGCCACCGUCGGCUUCCGCCUCGCCACCUUCAACGACUGCGAGGAGGCGGCGGCCGAGCUGCGGGAGCACAUCCGUGCGGCCCGGGCGGACCUGGCCCGGCGAGGCCUGCGCUGCUGAGCGCAAUGAACGGCGAGGAACGGGACCGGGACCGGAGCCAGGACCGGAGCCAGGACCGGGACCGGAGCCGGGACCGGAGCCGAGACCGGAACCGGAGCCUGGAUGGGAGCCAGGA